CGUGAGGCUGUGAGCCAAUCAGAAAGCUCCAGGUCACAGAGAAGAUGGCGGCCUCGCGCAACGGGAAGAGCGGGCUCCUGGAGAAAUGGAGAAUCGAUGAGAAACCAGUGAAGAUCGAUAAAUGGGACGGCGCCGCGGUCAAGAACUCUCUGGACGACGCAGCCAAAAAGGUGCUGCUGGAGAAGUUCGGGUACCAGGAGAAUUACUCUCUGGUAGACGGGCGUCUGCUGAUCUGCACUGUGUCGUGUGUGUUUGCUGUCGUGGCUCUGCUCUGGGACUAUCUCCACCCUUUCCCCGAGUCCAGACCCGUGCUCGCCGCCUGCGUCAUCUCAUACUUCAUCAUGAUGGGGGUUCUGACUCUUUACACUUCGUACAAGGAGAGGAACAUUUUCCUCGUGGCUCUGCAGAAAGACCCAGCAGGUCUGGACCCGGACCACGUGUGGCACCUGUCGUCCUCCCUCAAACGGUUUGAUGACCAGUACUCGUUGCGCGUCUCCUUCACUGAGGGGAGGUCUCGCGUGUCCAGGGACGUGGAGGUCACUCGCUCCGUGUCCGAGUUCUUCGAUGAUAACGGGACUUUGGUGAUGGACCAGUUUGAGAAGUGCGUGUCCAGACUCCACGACUCUCUGCUCUCCGACAAGAAAACCAAAUGAACCGGCUCUCCACGCUGAGGAACCGGCUCUCCAGGCUGAGGAACCGGCUCUCCAGGCUGAGGAACCGGCUCUCCACGCUGAGGAACCGGCUCUUUGAAUCCUCAGAACCUCUCGGUCCAAAACUCUGGAGGUGAAGAUCAGGAGCAGAUGAGGAGGGACCACACACGACGACACCUCCUCAUUUCGAUGUUCAAAUGAAAGUGAAAGUGUAAAAAGCUGUGUUUUCUGUGCCACGUUUGACUCGAUCACGUUUAAUCUGACCAAACAAAAAAAAGAAAAAGAAAAAAAACCUUAUUUCAUUUGGGUUUUGUGCCGUGGAUUUAUUUUAUUUUGUACAAAACUUUAUUGACAAAAUAUUAGACAAAUAAAACUGUUACAACAGAAA